GGUCGAAUGUAGUUACUAUAAAGUAGCCUCGUCAUUCAGUGAUUUUAUUUUAUUUUUUUGCGAUUAGAUAUGUACAUGAGGGAUUAAAGUUCAACUUUAUUUGCGUUAUUUAUUAAUAAGUUACCGCGCGUCACGUUAAUUAGUGAAACUGCAGCACGGGCGUUAACAUCGCGAGCGUUUCGUACGGAUUUCGAUUUCUCAGUGUUUCGCUUAAAGAGGACUCAAGAUGUCACCGAAAACGAAAGUUUACGUUAUUGGUGUCGGUAUGACAAAAUUCGAGAAACCAGGGAAACGAGAUGACUUCGAUUAUCCGGACAUGGCAAAAGAAGCUGUUACAAAGGCUUUACAAGACGCACGUAUUUCCUACAAUACAAUUAAAGCUGCGUGCGUUGGAUAUGUUUAUGGGGACUCCACCUGCGGCCAAAGGGCAUUAUAUCAAGUUGGUCUCACUGGUUGCCCUAUAUACAAUGUAAAUAACAAUUGUUCGACCGGUUCAACCGCUUUGCUCAUGGCUAAGCAACUAAUAGAAGGCGGUUCUGUCGAUUGUGCAUUGGCCCUUGGCUUUGAGAGAAUGGAAAAGGGCUCUUUAAUGUCUAAAUUUAUGGACCGUACAAAUCCCAUGGACAAACAUGUGGAAAUUAUGGCAGAAAUUGCUGGCAUAGAUGCAAGUCCAGUUACUGCCCAGCUGUUUGGAAAUGCUGGACUUGAACACAUGAAGAAAUAUGGUACAAGGCCAGAACACUUUGCAAAGAUUGCCUAUAAGAAUCAUUUAAAUUCCACAAACAACCCUUAUUCUCAAUUCCAAGAGAGAUACAGCUUAGAACAGAUAUUGAAAUCUCCAAAGGUGUUUGGGCCACUUACUAAGCUACAGUGCUGCCCAACAUCUGAUGGCUCUGCUGCUGUGAUUGUUGUUAACGAAGAUUUUGUUCGUAAACACAAUCUUGAGUCACAAGCAGUAGAAAUUGUAGGAAUGGAAAUGUCUACAGAUCUGCCUUCAACAUUUUCAGAGAGGAGUGCUAUUAAACUUAUUGGCUAUGACAUGACAAAGAACGCUGCUGAGAAACUAUUCACGCAGACAUCUUACAAACCAACCGACGUGAAUGUUAUAGAAUUGCACGAUUGUUUCUCAACUAACGAACUCAUUACGUACGAAGCUUUGGGUCUCUGUUUGCCCGGUCAAGGCGGGAAAUUAGUUGACGCGGGUGACAAUACAUACGGGGGAAAAUAUGUAGUAAACCCGAGCGGUGGUUUGAUCUCGAAAGGACACCCUUUGGGAGCAACAGGAUUGGCACAAUGUGCUGAACUCUGUUGGCAGCUUCGAGGUCAAGCUGGUAAAAGACAAGUCCCGAAAGCGAAACUCGCGCUACAACAUAAUAUAGGCUUAGGGGGAGCAGUUGUAGUUGCUCUGUAUCGUUUGGGCUUCCCCGAGCGAAGCGUGCUUCAAAAGAACGUGAACGGAACUGCCGAUCCGAGUAUUUUCAAAGCAUACCCGUUGUUCAAAAUAUUAGAAAGCGCAAUGGAAGAAGACGAAGAAGAUCUGAUAAAUAAAGUUCGCGGCGUAUACGGAUUUAAAGUAAUAAACGGGCCGGGUGGCGCGGAAGGCUUUUGGGUCAUAGAUGCUAAAGUAGGAAAAGGAAAAAUUGAAUAUUACGGAAAGACCAAACCCGAUGUUACAAUCACGAUUAACGAUGCAGAUAUCGUUGAUUUUAUAUCUGGAAAACUGAACCCACAGAAAGCUUUCUUCCAAGGAAAGAUUAAGAUUCAGGGUAAUAUGGGGAUGGCAAUGAAGCUGAUCGAUUUACAAAAACGCGCUGCUAAAAAAAUUGAACUUCUUCGUUCUAAAUUAUAGAUACUGAAAUUUUGCUUUUAGAAAAUAUUGUUCACUGAUAAUACAAUUGAUGUAAAUACGAUAUCGAUAACGAUAAAAAGAAGUUUCACGGGAUUAAAAUAUUGAGACAGUAGAAUAGUACAUUGCAUAAUCGUGCAAUUACGAUAUAAAAAUCGAUAUCAAGAUACUUGAACCUGGAAUUAUAUUCGUUUUCAUUCCUAUUGUAUAACAUUGCUGUAGUAGCGAUAUAGCAAAAAAGUAGGAAGUUUAUGACUUUUUAUAUGAGAUAUGAAGCUAUAUAAUUAAUGAAUUUUUAUAUGAGAUAUGAAACUAUAAUAGUUAAUAUAUUAACAUAAAAUUUUAUUUUUAUAAAUAAUGAAAUUACUGUUGCUUAUAGAAGUCGCUAUCGGUAGUAAGGGAAUAUCAGUACAAAAAGUCGCGUAACGCGUGUAAAUUGUUUUGAAACACUUCAGGUCAGUGUUCUUGAGGGCUUUAUUUAGUUUGGAACCCUAAAAAUAUGGUUUUCAACUGGCUUGAAAAACGUCAUUUCUCGUUUGGCGUGUAAGAAUAUGUUUAUUUUCAAACUAGACCGUCCUCUUGAUAGAAUAUUCAUGAUUAAAUGAAAAUUGCCCGUAAAUAUGUAUAUGCACAUUAAAUGCAUAAAAGUAGCACGAUAAAUCAAACGAUAAGUAAUCGCAAUUAGCAAUUACGUAAAUGCAAUUACGAUCAAUUGUAUCCGAAGCUUUCCAACGAUCGUUAAUUGAUUUAAAUUAAAUCUGAGAUUAAUUUUUAGUCAUUUCAUAGAUUUUAAGCCAGAUUGGCUUAAAAAUUUGUUUAGGUUCUAAGCUGGAUUAAUUUAUCUCGGUCUGGCUCGUUUGUUGAAUAUUAAUUAGUAUGGGUCCGUUGAACUUAUAUCAUUGUUAUAUCACGCGUGUAGUAUAAACAUAUUGUUAUUAUCAUUUUAUUAACAUUUCUCGUAGAGUGAUGGACAUGUAUUAUUAUUUGUUAUACAUCUUGUUUACAUUUUAGGAAUACUCUAUAAGAAGAGAGAAGAAAGAAAUACUUUUCAUUAUUUGCAUUCUUACGGAGUAUCACACUUUUAUAAAUGACUUUACAAUGCACUGAUGGAAUACUUACUAUUGAAUUGUUAAUAGCACAGUAGUUGGAAACAGGGUGCAACGAAAAUGUUUAUACAAUAUUUAUAAGAAGAAAGGUGUAGGUUUUUAUACUUUUCCAGAUUAUUUUUAUUACGAAAUAAACGAAACGCAAAAAAUCAACAUAAAUUUUGUUUUUAUUUUAAACGAAUAAUACUGCUCGCGUCUGUCGAUAUAAAUUUUAAUGUUUUAUUUUGUUUUAAAUUUACAGGACCAAUCGUGAUUGAAAUAUUGGAUAUCGAUUAAUUUCGUGGUCAUGUUUCCUGUUAAAAAUAGCAUUGCCCGCUAAAACGAUUAUUGAAAUCGUUCAAACCGGUUUACCCUCGCGGAUGUUGAUGUUCAAAUUGCAUAAAUAACAAAGGUUAAUUUCCGAGACUCCAAGUAAUGGUAAUGCUCAUAAAUGAAACAUUUUAACGAUUAAACUUAUACAUGCCAUUCAUUCUUUUUAUUUGAAUUGAAAUAUUUGGAGGGAUAACAAGAUAUAUUUGCAAAUGAUAUUACACAUGAACUCAAUACUGUUUACCGUUGGAUAAAAAUAUUCGAUAAUGAAGUAAAAAAACGUAUCUGCAACUUCGUAAAUAUUUGUCUGUGCAUUGGUAAUGAUAAUCAGUAAAAUGUUAGCACGAUAUAGUUGGCUUUAAUAAUCUACAGAGAUAACAGUAAAAAUAAUUAUGUUCCGAUUUUUUUUAAAAAAAACAGAGUCUACAAUUUUUACGAUCGAAGCUUGUAUUGCAGUGGAUGAUUUAUAAAUUGAAGUUGAUAUAGUCGGCACGGUGAGGUCGUAAAUUAAAUAAUAAAUCGCAAUGUUAUAGGACUUUGAACUAAACUCUGUGUAUAUUCUCGCAGCGUACGCCAGACUUGAAAGCCGUUUUUCAAGAAAUGACAUUUCUCAAGCCAGUUGGCACCGAUUUCUCGGUAACCAAGAGGCCGAUUGCCUUGAAAUUUAACGCAAAUGUAAAUACACCUCUAUCAUCUGAACUAAAAUAAACUCGAUAUCUGUAAGUUUUCUUUUUAACGCACGAAGGAGCAACAAAAUUUGGCGAAGAUGUCGAAUUAUUUCUCGAGCAUGCAGUUAUUCUAUUAAACGUACGUCAAUAUACAAGGUGUUCGAGACGUAUUUGGGAAUAAUAAUUGUAGACUAAAUAAAAAGUUUAACCUAGAAUAACUGUGUUUACCGUUUACAGUCGGUCAGUCUUUUCUUGAUAAAAAUCUCAAAUAUUACCAAAUCUUCAGGACUCCACGUUUAGAGUUUAGAUAGACAGACCUUAAAUACGCUGACGACCAUGAUUGUAGGUGAACCGGUUGCUUAUUAAUUGAUAAGAUGCAAUAUUGUUUCAAUGCAAGGUUCGAGUUGAUGCUAUUGUAGACUACUUUUAACAAAUGUUACGCGUUAAUAAUUACAUAUAUGUAAUUGUGAUACUAGCGUAGAUAAUUUCGAAGCAAUUAUUACAUAGGGUCGUUCAAUUACUGUCACUGCACAAUGGCGAGCACAGACCCCUGACUUAAAUAUCGUCGAACCGCCGUUGGCAGUUUUGGAAAACAGAGUGAAAAAUAGAUUCCCUUCUCCAACAUCUUUAAAGCAAUUGGAAGACGUUUCGAUAGAAGAAUGGGAUAACAUUCCACUGGAAUCUAUUCAAAACUUGUACGAAUCUAUUCUAAGAAGGUUAAGAGUUGUACUAAAGACAGAUGGUUAGCUCAACCCAAUAUUAAUAA